UCAGGUUCUGUUCUGUGCUGUCAGGUUAUUGAUGAGAUUUAUCGUGUGUUGCGCUACGUAAACUCCACUCGAGCCCCCCAGCGAGCUCAUGAGGUUCUACAAGAGCUGAGGGACAUCUCCUCCAUGGCCAUGGAGUAUUUUGAUGAAAAGAUAGUCCCCAUCCUGAAGAAGAAGCUGCCUGGGGCUGACCUGUCUGGUCGCCUUAUCGGCUCAGCACCAGUGGCAGGUCCAUCUACCUCCCUGACUACCAUGUCCCUGCUGGCCAAGAACACGCCAUCCCGCUCUGAGAUGACCAAGGUGCAGCAGCAGGUAAAGGUGAACGGGGCGUCCAUGACAGUACUGCGGAGGGAGAUGCAGGAAAUUCGCGUUAAGCAGCUGGAGCAGCAGAAGCAGCUGCAGGAUCAGGAGCAGAAGCUGCUGGAACAGACGCAGGUGAUCGGCGAGCAGAACGCUCGCCUUGCCGAGCUGGAACACAAGCUCCGCGAACUGAUGGACAGUAGCGCCGCUGCUCUGGGAGGACCCAGGCCUAGCACAGCUGCACCCUCUACAUCCAGCAGCACUGCUGUGUCUUCCACUGUUGCCAGCACAUCUGCUACUGUGUUAGCAAGUGGCAGCGUGGCCGCAGCUUCUCUAGCCAGAGAGGCAGAGAGCGAUGGAGCAUCAUCACUCAAACGCACCAGAAAGAGCUCGGAUCUUCCGCGACAGUCCAAACGGCUGCGUAGCAAAAAAUAAGAGACUCUGCGUCUUUUUUGUCUUUACUUUUUUUUUUCUUUUCUUUUUUUUUUUUUUAAAUCUGAUGCCCCUAAAAACCCACCCC